CUGUUAUGUUCUUAAAUACUCAAAUUAUUUUUCUUCCACAUCUUCUUCACCGAUUUCGUCACCCACUAAUCUCUUUUGCUUCUCUCCACCACCUCAUGUACUACUCAUUUAUCUCUUCCGAUCGAUUUCAUCGUUUUAUCAUAGAAGGUCAUCGCUUCAUCUCAAAGACCAUUCCUCACCACCGGUUGCUUUCCUCUCCUUCUACUUCCCUGCAUCUCCUUCUUCCAUCGUUUUGCUUUCCGUAUUCCAUUCAACCUCCACCAGAUGACUUUUUAUACAUAAUGCUUUUUGAUUCAAAACAAGAUCAUAAUGUUUUUGACUCGAUAAAGUUGCUCAAGCGACAAAGGGUUGACUUUCGGAUGGAUCACCACUGUAUGAUAAACUACUUCAAGGGUUGCAUAUCUCACUUAUGUAUUGUUUGUAUCAGGACAACCAAAAGAAGCAAACGAAACUUCAUGGCGACUUCUGUGACCCAAUCAGGUUUCCCUACGAGUACAUUUUGUGGAACCCAAUCAAAAACGGAUUUCACAAAUGCUUAUCAAUGA